UAUAAAUUCCUUUCUGCAGAUGCAAAUUCAUAUCAGAGAAAAAAAAAUAGAUAGAUUGAGUCCAAUGGCAACAUCUUACUCAACCACUACCACCAUUCUUUUAUUCCUACUCAUUUCCUUCUUCAGUUUCAAUCAAAUCCAAGCUGGGAACAGAAACCCUAAUUCAGUUGUUCUUGGUCUAACUCGUUCUAGCCCUACCUUCACCAUACCUAAACCUACCAAAUACUCAAUAAAAAGACUUUCACAAGCUUCAGAUAUGGUUGAGCCAUUGAGGGCAGUAAGAGAUGGGUACUUGCUGACUUUAAAUAUAGGAACACCAAGACAGGUCAUUCAAGUUUACAUGGAUACCGGGAGUGACCUGACUUGGGUUCCUUGUGGGAAUCUAUCCUUUGAUUGUCUAGAUUGUGAUGACUAUAGGAACAAUAAGUUAAUAGGCACUUUCUCCACUUCAUAUUCUUCAUCAUCUGUUAGGGACACCUGCGGUAGCUCUUUUUGCAUAGAUAUUCAUAGCUCUGAUAACUCUUUCGAUACAUGCAUCGAGGCCGGAUGUUCAUUAAGUUCCCUUCUCAAAGCCACCUGCUCUAGGCCUUGUCCUUCCUUUGCCUAUUCCUAUGGUGAAGGAGGGCUAGUCACAGGGACACUAACCAGGGAUAACCUUAGGGUCCAUGGUAGUAACCCUGAUAUCACUAAGGAUCUUCCCAGGUUUUCUUUUGGUUGUGUCGGCUCUACUUAUAGAGAACCUAUUGGCAUUGCAGGGUUUGGUAGGGGCGUACUUUCUCUACCAUCACAGUUAGGGUUCCUCCAAAAAGGGUUUUCCCAUUGCUUCUUAGCUUUCAAGUAUGCCAACAAUCAGAGUAUUUCAAGCCCAUUGUUCAUGGGAGACAUUGCUGUAUCUUCCAAUGACAAUAUACAGUUCACCCCAAUGUUGAAGAGUCCCAUGUUUCCAAACUACUACUACAUUGGUCUAGAGGCCAUAACUGUCGGCGACAUUAGCUCUGCUAGAGUUCCUUUAAACUUGAGAGAGUUCGAUUCUCAAGGUAAUGGGGGAAUGUUGAUUGAUUCAGGCACCACUUACACUCACCUCCCUGAACCAUUCUAUUCUCAACUUCUCUCAAUGCUCCAAUCAGCAAUAACUUAUCCUCGGGCCACGGAUGUCGAGACACAAACCGGAUUCGAUCUCUGUUAUAGAGUUCCAUGUCCAAAUAACAGAUUCACAACUGAUUCUUUCCCUUCCAUCACUUUUCAUUUCCUAAACAAUGUGAGCCUUGUUCUGCCACAAGCUAAUUACUUCUACGCCAUGAGUGCUCCAAUUAAUUCAACUGGGGUGAAAUGCCUGUUGUUCCAAAGCAUGGAUGAUAGCAACUAUGGACCAGCUGGUGUAUUUGGGAACUUCCAACAGCAAAAUGUGGAAGUUGUUUAUGAUUUGGAGAAAGAGAGAAUUGGGUUUCAACCGAUGGACUGUGCAGCCGCCGCAGCAUCUCAGGGACUUCAUAAGAAAUGAUUUUAAUGCUA